GCCAUCUACAAGCAGACGGUUCCAAUACUCAACAUCAAUAAACAAAACACUAGGCUUUGACUGACGGAUAGAAUCGUAAUAACAAAAGUGGUGGUACCUUACAAUGAAGAUCGAGCGGGGAGCAGAGAAAAGGAAGAGAGCAAUGGGUAAAAUCGGCCCGAACGGUCUUCAUCUACCACUUGAUCUGUCCCUCUCUUCUCCGCUUCCCGUCUGCGUCUGUCUCAAUUCAGCUGGCUUCCUUCCCCUGUCAGUAAUCGCAGCUUAUGUUCUAAAUCAGCUGACCAGUCUCAACGUAAACACGAAACGCGAUAGCAGCGGCUCUUUAGGAUCCGAAUCAAGGAUGCCAUCUCACAGUCAGAGCGAAGAUCCCCUCCGUUACCUGCCGUUCACCUCUCAGAUCGAUCUCAACUUUUGGCAUAAGUUGAGCACCAAGAAACUUAACGAACUUAAGCUCAGUGAAGAGCCAGUAAAGUUUCGGGCUGAAUAUGAUAUCAACCACAAUAUUCCACGCGCUAUUGCAUCCAUUGGGUACAAUGCCCUUCGAGAAGAAAAUUAUCCCCAAUUAAGCUUGCGUGGUGUACUUUUCAACAAGAACAGUAUCGAAUCGUUCAAGCGGUGUGACAAAAAUAAUCUCGUCAAAGAAGCGGUAAUUAAGAUGGUGGAAGCGAUCAUAUCUGGUGAGGCCCUUCGGCAUCCGUCAGAGCAUCUUUGCCCGAUUAUUCUUCUCUCAUUUGCUGAUCUAAAGAAGUUUGAUUAUGUCUAUUGGUGCGCGUUCCCAGCACUGGGCCUACCACCCCAGGUGAAAUUCACCCAAGUCGACCCAUUACGCCUAAUUAAUGACGACGACUUUAAUGAAGACAAAAUGAACAGAAUUGCUGGUAUUUCUGAAGGCAAAAUGUUCGUGCUGUUGGAUAGAAUAACUUUAGAGGAGCUUCCGUUAGAAGAAGUACGGAGAAAAUGUUCAACACACGUCUAUGUCGUCUUUGCGGAUCCUUCUGGUGACGCCAACUUCCCGGGAUGGCCUCUUCGAGGCCUAAUUCUCACAAUUGCGUACCAUAUGCCAGAGAUAGCCAACAGUGAACACACGGGAGUGUAUACAGUGAUCAGCCUGCGAGGAUCUCGUAUACACAACUAUAACAAGUCCCGAAUAUUUCGAGUCAGGUUACAGAAGGUUAGUCUCGAUUCGGAGUUCAUGUCUUUAUCAAAAUUCGUUGGCUGGGAAGAAAAUCAACAGGGCGAAAACAAACCAAGGCGUCUCAAUCUAUCGUCGUCAAUGGACCCCAAAAUGUUGGCAGAGUCCGCGGUCGACCUCAAUCUCAAGUUGAUGCGAUGGAGACUGGCCCCUGAUAUCAACUUGGAAUGCGUUUCGAAGACAAAGUGUCUUCUUCUUGGAUCAGGUACCUUAGGAUGUAACGUGGCACGCUCUCUUCUUGGAUGGGGGGUUCGCCGUAUAACAUUCGUUGAUUCCGGUGAUGUUUCUUAUUCGAAUCCUGUCCGGCAGUCGCUUUUCACGUUUGACGAUUCUCUUAACGGAGGUCGACCAAAAGCUGAGGCAGCUGCUGAGAGCUGUAAGAAAAUUUUCCCCGGGGUCGAUGCAAGACACGUUAGGAUGAAAAUUCCCAUGCCGGGACACGGUUCUGUAACGCCUGAGUAUAAAAAAGAAACCUCAGAAGCUAUAAAACAGUUGGAAGAUCUCAUCGAAGAUCACGAUGCCAUAUUCCUUUUGUUGGAUACCCGUGAAGCUCGGUGGUUGCCCACCCUGUUUGGAGCAGCCAAAAAGAAAAUCGUUAUCAACGCCGCGCUCGGGUUCGAUACUUUUCUUGUAAUGAGACAUGGUGUUGGCGGUUCGAAUGAACUCGGAUGCUACUUCUGCAACGACGUUGUAGCUCCAACAAACUCUACCAGAGAUCGAUCACUGGAUCAACAGUGCACCGUAUCCCGACCUGGUAUAAGUCAAAUGGCCGCUGGAUUCGCGACAGAGCUCAUGGUAUCAUUGCUAUCACACCCGAAAAGAAACGAUGCUCCAGCUGAAAGUCCCGUUGAACAAAUCGGAGAUCCUGAAGGGUGUGCAACCGAUCUUGUGGGAACAGCGUUAAACAACUCGAGUGUGCUAGGGCCGGUACCUCAUCAGAUCCGGUAUUUUCUGUCUCGGUACCACUUUAUGACACCCAACAGUACAGCGUUCUAUAUGUGCACUGCCUGUUCGCCUAAGGUUGUGUCAGAAUACAUGUCAAGCGGCUUCGACUUCAUAUUCAAGGCUCUCACCGAGGAAAACUUUUUAGAGAAAUUCACCGGCCUGGCGGAUAUGCACGCAAUAACCAAAGAUAUAGACAUCAUAGCUUUAGGCGACAGUGAUAAUGAGUCAUCGAUGAGUAACGGGAGUUUGCUUGGAUAGGACAACCAAUUUUGCGAGGUUAGCAAAUUGUUGGUUACACGAAUCCAAAUAUUACAAACAUUGAAAUCCUUUAGGUAGUGCGUAUACAUCUAUAGGUUCACGCUGAUGGGGCCACUGUGAUAAUCGAGCUAAAUUAUUACUUCCAACGAAAUUACUUUACUCAUAAACCGCGCAUGCAGGUACUAAGGGAUAUAAGUAAAAAAAAACAAAUAAUUUUCAACAAAAGUGUUCUUAUUCUGAUGUUCUCAUACAACGGCUUUUUAAUAGUUUCAUCAAAAAUCUGGAUAAGCUUGUAUAAAAGAAAGUCCAUCGGUAAUUACUUCACGAAAUCCCACAUAGAAGCUUCCAAUGAAAAUGAAGAGUAGUGGAACCACGCGGUACUUCAACGGCUUAUAAAUAACGGACAUACAUAUGAGCCAUUAAUAAAAGGUUACCAACGCAUUCAGUCUCGGCAAACUGCAACUCGUAACCGUUAAUACGUCAAAUCCCGAUUGCUGUGGCGCCUCCCAAUCGGCCACCGUUGUAAUAGCUACACACCUUAGUUACAGUUCUUCAACAAUCCUGCGGCCUUGCACUUCCUUUUACCGUUGUAGUAUAGUCUGCGCCGCUUUUUGCUUCGUUACCGGCGAUCCUACAGACCAUAGUUUGACUACGACACCAUUACCAAUGAUUGCAACGAGCUCGAUGUGCUUCUGUCGGUUAUCUAGCCAGCGGUUUCCGCAUUCCUGGUUCUGUCCUUCGCCCUGUACGAUCGAGCAAGGGUCGGCUGAACAAACGGUCUCCAGGCCUUGUGAUUCGGUCGUUUUAACAGUUUAGGUGACGCGUGCGCUUUGUAACUGCAUGGAAGACUAAGCCGUCGGUUGGAAACUAUCAGCACAGAAGCUCACGGCUAGGGAAUUUACAUUCUUACGUAUACAAGCUAUACAUACAUAUAUAUAUAUUCCAUUGAAGAAUGAUACGUUUUUUUGUAUCAUUCACCAUAAUUUGUUGCACUGCCUGACUCGUUUACUUUAUUAAUUUUAAUAAUUAGUGUAAGUGUUGGCUGGUUGGCGAUCUCUAAUGCCUGAAGACUUAGUUUAAAUUUUGGUCCAAUGAUAAACUAACCCAAUAUCAUAAAUUAGGGCUAGUGCACUUAUCUACUAUUUUCUACGAUUUAAAUCUACUACUUUCUGCGUGGACUUAGCAAUACAUUUAACGUUCAUUAACGCCAUAGAUUGUUAGAUUCUUGUAUUAUGCAUAUAUAGUAGGUAUGUUAUAUGACUAAAUUAUUUUAUAGUAGAGAUAUAUAUACAUGAAAAUAAAGAAAUCCUUCAGAAAUGUAGUACUACUUCAGGGUGCAGUAACUAUCCAGGUGAUUCUUCAUAUCAUAUUGCUUAACUGCAAAAAAUUCAAAGAUGUAGAAUAAAUUUGGGAAAAUGAAUAAAAGCAGUUAGUGUUUUUUAGUCGUUUCUACUUAGAUAACAUAAAACAGUAUUUUAUUUAUUCUGUACAGUGUCUAUCAUACAUGGUAUAUACAAUGCACCCACUUAGUUUACAAGUAUACUUCCAUUCAAAUAGUUCUUAGACGGCAAAGCACAUACCAUUUUCAUUAGCUGUCAAAUGUUCAAAUGAUGAGGUACCUCUGCUGCGUUAAAGCUGUAACUCGUUUUUGUUUCUAUACCUGAAGUAAUUAGCAGGAUAUCGGGAAAAUGUUUGCAAAUACUAUACUAACGGGCUGCUAACCUUAAAUCAAAUCAACUCACACGCACGAUUUCGAGCUCAUUCCAAGUCGGCGUAAUAUAUAGUUUAUCAUUGGUUCACGGUUAACAAUUCUUACAUUGAACUAGUUCAGUCGCGCUGUUAAUAAACCGUUUGUAAUGGCUGCCGCCCAGCAUU